AAAUUUAGCGACAAUUGUGGCUCGCAAUCAAAACAACGCAAAAAAUAAAGCCUCUUAGCCACAACCUUUUAAUUAGAAAGUGGCCGUCGUCAGUGCCAGGAAAUUUUGAUUUAGUAGAAGAAAAAAAAUGACUAAAUUAAUCUACCGCUUGAUUUACCAAUAAAGUUUUUUUUUCUCCUUCAAAUGUCCGUCACGUAUAAUGAUCCGACUGGAAACACGCUCUGUUGUUGUGGUAGUGGAGCAGCUAUGUCACCCGCAACUGAUCCAGCGCUUUGAACCUGCGGACACAAACACAGCGGAUAUGUCUGUGUGUCUGUUCGUCAGUAAAUGGACGGUGUGCCUUGCCUUCGUGUGUCUCGGUGUCACGCACAGCAGUUCAGGAGAUGUCUGCAGUGCAGAGGAGCUCUUGACCUGAGUCUGCGUCUGCUGAAGGACUCGGACGGGACAGUCCUCGUGCCCAUUCUUCCAUCCUGUCUGUCUCAACUCGACCUGCUCUCUCUCAGAGCCACGGCGGCUGCAGACGGCGCUUGUGAAAUAGUCUGGAGUCAGUCAAAGAAAGAGAGGGGGAAGACAAGGGGCAGAAAGCUUGAAAAACGUCUCCAGGAGCUGUUGGAGUGUCAUGGUGAGAGAUGGACAGAGGAGCUGAGGGGGGAUCUCCCCCGCAGCUUCCACAGACAUGGAGACCUGGUCCUGCUGGGAGACGCCGCUUUCUCCCUGCCACUGUGGAAGAAAAUGGGUCGACAACUAUGGAGUGCAGUGGCCAAAGGUCUGGGGGCAAAGCGUUUGGCAAAGAUAAGUCGAAUAUCCAGAGAUGGAUUCAGGUCUCCUGUGGUGACGAUGCUGUUAGGAGAGCACAGCUGGGUCAAACAUGUGGACAAUGGUAUUAGGUACGAAUUUGAUGUCACCAAAAGUAUGUUUUCUGCCGGAAACAUAACAGAGAAGCUCCGGGUGGCUGGAUUUGACUGCACAGGGGAGACUGUGGUGGAUUUAUAUGCAGGUAUUGGAUACUUCACUCUCCCAUAUCUGGUCCACGCGGGGGCCAGUCAUGUUCACGCCUGCGAAUGGAACCCUGACGCUGUUAAAGCUUUACAGAAAAACCUUCAGGCAAACGAGGUGUCUGACCGCUGCACAAUUCACCCAGGAGACAACCGACAGCUCCAGCUAUGUGACAUUGCUGACCGGGUGAACCUGGGUCUCAUACCGAGCUCGGAGGACGGCUGGCCUGUCGCCUGUCGCCUGCUGAAGAGAACAACUGGUGGCGUUUUGCACAUUCACCAGAAUGUUACCUCACCGCUACCGAACACUGCAACCACUCCUGCAGUCAGUGAUGCCACCCAGAGGGUUUCUGGGAAGACAGCCGACAGGGAGGUGUGGCAGACCUGGGCUGAUGACACCGCAAACAGCAUCACUUCUCUUCUGAGGGACAUCAGUGGGACGUCGUGGAAAACAAUCAUCCUGCACAUAGAGCGUGUGAAGUCAUAUGCGCCGCAUGUUCACCAUGUUGUGUUGGACCUGGAGUGCAAACCAUUUUGAGCUGAAGAAAUGAACACAGAAUACAAUUGAGUGGACAUGUGACUCUUUUUCUAGAGAGGUUUCAAAUACUACAACGUCAGCUAGUUUCUCUGAUUAUGUUAUUUGUCAGUUUGUGAAAUCUGGAGCUACUGUGCUUUUCUAUAAUCCAGGGCAGGUUAAGCACAAAUUCACUUUUUUUCCCCUUUCCUUCAGAAACAAUCAGCCUCACACUCAUGCAAUUUUAAUUACCUGGAAGCUGCCCAGCCGUCCCCCGACCACAGCCUUAUCUGCCUUAUCUCUCCCCCGGAGAACUCUACUUGAGCACUGGACUGUUCGGUACAGGUUCAAACGUUUUUUACAAAGUGUCUACUUCGUUCUUGGUUAUGAAUUAAAGGAAACUCUGAACAAAUGAGUGCAGAUGUUUCCAUGCGAAGGGAAUGAGAAAGUGGGAAAAUGGAAAUGAUGUGAAUCAUAUGAUCUGGGCCUUUCAAGUCAUCAGAUCCAAAGCCAGUUGAACAGAUAAGGCAGAUUUGAUUUUGGACCCAAAUAAGGGAAUAUCUUUUGCUUGAAUUGUGUUCAUCCUCCAGUAGUAACCCGUGCCAGAGGGCACUGAAGCUCUUAAAAAACAACUUGUGGUGGAUUAACAUUGUUUCUGAGACAGGUGAUGCCUUUUUUUUCUUUUUUUCCUUUCGUUGGCCUCCUGGAUCUGCUGUGUACGAACCAGGGGGUCGGAGCACAACACUGCACCACUAGACCCACAUUAUACAGACAUGGUUGGAUUUCGUUAAGUGACAGAUAUAGCCAUUAUGAGUAUGAUCAAUCAUAUGUAUCACUCUCUUCAUCCCUAGUCAAGUCUAAGACCUCAGGCUAUACAAUUGUAUGCAAAAGCUUUAUAAAAAAAUUGUUGUUGAUUUGUCAUUUUUGAGAAGUGUUUUUAAAUUCCAGGGGUUAUUAAAAAUGUGAAAUUACAA